CUAGCAAUCCUGCCUACAGUGAAGAACACAUUGAGCCUACGUACGUAGGUAGACAAAUUUGAGCCAUGGCUUCCAGCUCUAGCUGUAGGACAUGGCAUUGCUUGCUUGCUCUCUUCCUCCUCUCCUCGGCAGCCUACGGGCAGCUCUCGCCAUCAUUCUAUGCGAAGUCCUGCCCGAAGCUGGAACUCAUCGUGCGCUCCACAAUGACCAAGGCACUCCUCGCCGAGCGCCGAAUGGGGGCCUCCCUCCUCAGGCUCUACUUCCAUGACUGCUUUGUUCAAGGCUGUGACGGGUCCAUUCUCUUGGAUGACGUGGGUAGCUUCGUGGGCGAGAAGACCGCCCUUCCGAACGGGAAUACUGUGCGGGGCUAUGAGGUGAUCGACGAGAUCAAGAAGAACGUGGAGCUGGUCUGCCCUGGCGUCGUCUCCUGCGCCGACAUCACCGCCCUCGCAGCACGGGACGGCGUGUUUCUGCUAGGCGGGCCCAGCUGGGCGGUGCCGCUCGGCCAGCGGGACUCGGCGACGGCCAACCUGAAUGAGGCGAACAGCGACCUCUCGGUGACCAGCUUAAGCCUCGACGUGCUCAUCGCCUUGUUCGCCAAGAAGAACCUGAGCCCGCGGGACCUGACGGCGCUGUUGGGCGCGCACACCAUUGGCUUCUCGCAGUGCGCCAACUUCCGCGACCACAUCUACAACGGCACCGACAUCGACCCGGCGUUCGCCACGCUGCGCAAGCGCUCCUGCCCCGCCCAGGCCCCUGACGGCGACGGCAACCUCGCGCCGUUAGACGUGCAGACGCAGCUCAUAUUCGACAACGCCUACUACCACAACCUGGUAGCCAAGCGCGGCCUGCUGAGCGCCGACCAGUUGCUCUUCAACGGCGGCUCCCAGGACGCGCUGGUGCGCCAGUACGCCGCCAACCCAGAGCUGUUCGAGUCCGACUUCGUGACGGCCAUGAUCAAGAUGGGGAGCCUCAGCCCGCCCAGCGGAACCCCCACUGAGAUCAGACGUAACUGCAGGGUCGUCAACAGCUAGCUGAUCCAUCGUCUCAUCAUAUAUAUACGUGUUAUUACUGUGUUACGCAUCAUACCGAUGGAAAUGUACUGUAAAGUUGGUCGGGUACAAUGGUACUCCCUCCGUUCCAAAUUACUCGUCAUAGAAAUGGAUAUAUCUAGAACUAAAAUACAUUUAGAUACAUCCAUACCUACGAUAAGUAAUUCAGAAUGGAGGGAGUAAUAACCAACCACCUAGCAUGCCUGCAUGCAUGGCAGAAUAAGAGCCGUUUGGUUCAGAUAAUACUAUGUACCUGGGGCUGGGGUUCAGAGGUGAUCCUCCACCUCCAGGAUUGUAAGAUACCUUCAUCAUGUAAUAUCUCAAGUUGCCGGUAUAUA